AUGGGGAGUCUAGAUGAUGCCCGACUAACUUCUCCAAAGAAGGCCACCCCAGGGAAAGCCACAAUUCUGGCCCUUGGAAAAGCCUUCCCUCACCAGCUUGUCAUGCAAGAAUAUCUGGUUGAUGGCUAUUUCCGAGACACCAACUGCGAUGACCCGGAACUCAAAAGAAAACUGACUCGACUAUGCAAGACGACAACAGUGAAAACAAGGUAUGUAGUGAUGUCUGAAGAGAUCCUGAAGAAGUACCCAGAGCUAGCCCUCGAAGGCAGAUCCACAGUGAAGCAAAGGCUUGACAUAUGCAACGACGCUGUAACACAGAUGGCCAUUGAAGCUUCACAAGCUUGUAUCAAGAACUGGGGUAGGCCAGUUUCAGACAUAACCCACUUGGUCUAUGUCUCUUCAAGUGAGAUCAGGCUACCCGGUGGCGAUCUUUACCUCGCAAGCGGGCUCGGGCUCAGCCCUGAAACUCAACGUGUCAUGCUUUACUUUGUAGGCUGCUCAGGGGGCGUGGCUGGUCUCAGAGUUGCAAAAGACAUUGCUGAGAACAACCCAGGAAGCAGAAUUUUGCUUGCCACUUCUGAGACCACCAUUAUUGGCUACAAGCCUCCCAGUGCAGAUAGGCCUUAUGAUCUCGUCGGUGUUGCACUGUUUGGGGAUGGUGCAGGAGCUAUGAUAAUCGGGUCAGACCCGGUUUCAGAGACAGAAAAGCCUCUCUUUGAGCUUCACUCAGCUAUGCAGCGAUUCUUGCCUGGAACAGACAAGACCAUUGAUGGGAGGCUCACCGAAGAAGGGAUUAGCUUCAAGCUGGCAAGAGAGCUUCCACAAGUGAUUGAAGAUAGUGUUGAGGGGUUCUGUGAGAAACUGAUGGGUGUUAAGGGAUUUGAUAAGGAGUGGUAUAAUAAGAUGUUCUGGGCUGUUCAUCCGGGAGGUCCUGCAAUCUUGAACCGAAUCGAGAAGCGACUUGAUUUGGAUCCGGAGAAGCUGAAUGCAAGCAGAAAGGCUCUGAUGGAUUAUGGCAAUGCUAGUAGUAACACCAUUGUGUAUGUGCUGGAGUACAUGCUUGAAGAGAGCUCAAAGAUGAAGGUCGACCAAGAAGAGAAUGAAUGGGGAUUGAUAUUGGCCUUCGGACCAGGGAUUACUUUUGAGGGUAUUCUUGCGAGGAACCUUACUACUACCGUCUGA